AUGGGAGAUGAGGCGGAGGAUGGUGAAGCAUUGGCUUCACUGGUGGCCGAGAAUGAGGACCUCGACUUCAAGGAGGAUGGAAGUGGCAAGGUUGUCGUGAAGUCAACCGGCCACGAGAUGCCUCCCAGGCUGGAGGUCGUCAAGACUUACCUCAAUGGCUCGAAGUAUCGCAAGGCGCGGGAAUGGUAUGGCUAUGACUUCAGCAAGUUCGAGCCACACAUUGUUCCGCAUGAAAAGCAGAAGAAGUUUCUCUUCUGCACAGUGACCGGAACCACUUUGCCAAUGCAGCCCAAGAAGGUCGAAAGGCACAUGGAAAGCAAGCGAUACAAGGACCGGGUCAGGGUGGGCUCUUGCAAGAGUUGA